AUUCACAGGGUAAUGAAGUGAACAAAGUAAAAGCAAGCUCACUGAUGAAAAAUAAUACCUAUGGCCGAUGAAGUCCAAAUCCAAGCUGUUACAGCUAAAAUGUAAAUACAAAAUUUAAAAAGCAGACGGAGGGCUCAAUAUGUUAGCAAACACUCCAGAAAAUCUGCGUCGGUCAGAUCGAGACACUGCACUUCGUCAUUUCCGCUAGAAUUCAACUUUCAAGCCUUUAAAUUCGUCACAUGCCUUUUGCUACUCCAUUGCAAACGCAGGCAGAAAAAACCUGAAAAAAAAGUAUUAAAUCAUUUCUGUGAUUUACAGAAGCAAUGGCAGCAGCAGUGGCAACUUCCACCCCCACCUCAUCACUCAUUCAGCCAAUUUCAGCGAAAAGAGUCGGGCUCGUGGCUUCCCACCAAUCUCAACAUGUUACGCUACAAUCACCAUCUAGGGUUUCUCAGUUGAAUGGACUAAGAAUCUGCCUCAAACGACAAGUUGCAGCAAACAGAACAUGGAAAACCCGUUCCUUUGGCUCCCCUGCAUUCACAAUCUUUGCCGUCACCGCUCUGCCGGAAACACUGGCAACAGUGCAGGAUGUAAUUGCGAAGCAGCUGUCGAUUGAGGUGGAGACCGUCCAGCCGGCGACUAAGUUUGCCGAUCUGGGCGCGGAUUCAUUAGAUACCGUGGAGAUAAUGAUGGCGUUAGAGGAGAAGUUCGAGAUAUCGAUAGGAGAGGGAGGAGCAGAGAAUAUUGCUACUGUUCAAGAUGCAGCCGAUCUCAUCGAGAAGGUCAAAUCUGAGGGCGCUUAAAACCUGUGCAUUCAAUGGCACCAAAUUAUUGCGGCGAGAUCAUUUUGUUUUCUGUUACGGUUCAUAUUCGAAAAUUUUGUAAGCGCUGGUGCGCGAAGGGACCGCCAAUAAAAUUUUAUUUCCUUUUUACUAUUAUUAUUAUAAUACAGUUAUUUUUAACCUUUUUAUUU